AUGUCCGCAGCACCUGGGCCCCCGGACCCCAACAGCUCCCAGGCCCCCAAGCAGGACCCGGGCACCAAGCAGAAGCAGAAGCAGGACCCCACACAGCCCCAACAGCUCCCGGGCCCCAUGCAGAAGCAGAAGCAGGACCCCACACAGCCCCAGCAGCUCCCGGGCCCCCAAGCAGGACCCAGGCCCCCAACAGCUCCCGGGCCCCAAGCAGCUCCCGGGCCCCAAGCAGCACCCGGGCCCCAAGCAGCACCCGGGCCCCAAGCAGCACCCGGGCCCCAAGCAGCACCCGGGCCCCAAGCAGCACCCGGGCCCCAAGCAGCUCCCGGGCCCCACACAGCUCCCGGGCCCCACACAGCUCCCGGGCCCCACACAGCUCCCGGGCCCCCAAGCAGCUCCCGGGCCCCAAGCAGAAGCAGGGCCCCACACAGCUCCCGGGCCCCACACAGCUCCCGGGCCCCACACAGCUCCCGGGCCCCCAAGCAGGACCCGGGCCCCCAAGCAGGACCCGGGCCCCCAACAGCUCCCGGGCCCCCAAGCAGGACCCAGGCCCCCAACAGCUCCCGGGCCCCCAAGCAGGACCCGGGCCCCCAACCGCUCCUGGACCCCAAGCAGGACCCGGGCCCCCAACCGCUCCUGGACCCCAAGCAGGACCCGGGCCCCCAACCGCUCCAGGACCCUAGCAGCUUAUCAUAA